ACGACGCAUGCGUAGGAAAUAUACAGAAUAAGAGAAUAAGCACGAGGUAUUGACAACCACAACUCGAAUUUAUCCAAAAAAUAAAAAUUAAUUGCUAAAAAUGUAUUUAAUGUAUUAUUUAAAUGAAAAUGGAGAGCGAGUAUAUACAUUAAAGCUAGAUUUUCUCCAGAAGAUAAAUAUUCUAGAGAAAGGAUAACAUUAAAACGAAGAUUUGGUUUAUUACUCACACAGCAACCGCCACCUACUUAUUAAUAUCUUUAUGUUAUUUAUAAUUAUAUAUAUAUGCAUCUUAUAAUAAUUAUAUAUAUAUACACAUGUAAAUGAUAUUAAAUAUAAUAGCAAAAUUUUUUAAAUAUGUAUGCUUAAAAUAUAUCAUAUUUCUUACUGCUUAAAUAGGCAACUGAACUUUUAACGCCUACAAUUUCCUCUUUUGAUAAUCUGAAUGUCUGUUUUCCAACAACUCAACGUAUUUAUGUAUUCGUAACAUUUAUAAUUACUAAGUUGUAAAUUAUAUUUGAAAUAUAAUUGAUACUUCAUAUGUGGAUUAAUUCAUAUCAAUUCACCUUAUGUAAUAAAAUCCUUUUUUAUUCAGAAUUCAUCUUAACAUGUACAUAUAAAAAAUAAAAGUUAUAUUUUAACCUAUGA